AUGGGAAUUGAAAUGGCUGGUGGUGUUUAUUGUCCAUUAUCACCUCGAGAUCCACAACAUCGUUUAUAUGCACUUGUACAACAAACUGAAAGUCGCCUUGUUCUUGUUCAUCAUUUAACUAAAAUCAAAUUCGAUAAUGGCAUUGUUUCACUCGAUAUUGAUUCAAUAUUGAUUAUUAAUAAUAUAGAAAAGAGUAUUGAUAUUGAUCAACUAUCAAGUAUAAGAGUUACACUCGAUGAUCUAGCUUAUAUCAUUUUCACAAGUGGUUCCACUGGAUUACCUAAAGCAGUUCAAGUACAACACAAGAAUUUUGCUGAAUUUAUGUCUUCUUUAAUUUAUGGUGAUGUAGUAACUAAAAAAGAUACAGUUCUUCAAAUGUCACGUUGUUCUUUUGAUAUUCACGUUCAAGAUAUAAUGGGCACUUUCAUGGUUGGAAGUAGUCUAAUUAUGCUACAUCCAAGAGGAAUUAUGAACUUUGACUAUCUUAUCAGUGUCUUCAAAGAAAAGAAUAUUAGUUGUGUUUCUACUGUUCCAACUAUAAUUCUUAAUUUCUUCACUUAUCUGCAACAACAAAAUCAUCAUAAUGUUGUACAAUACCUGCGAUCAGUUAGUAGUGGUGGUGAGCCUUGUUCUCUAAACCUAAUAAAUUUAAUGUCAAAUACUGUAACGCACAGUUGUCGACUAUGGAACAUGUAUGGUCCCGCUGAAACAACAAUUGCCUGCACGUUUCACUCUUCGAAUAAUACAAAAGAGACUGAAAACAUUUCAAUAGGCAGACCGCUUUCAAAUUAUCAAAAUGUAGUUUUAGAUCAAUUCUCACAAAGUGUAUUUAUCGAUCAAGAAGGAGAAUUGUUUAUAGGAGGUGUUGGUGUCUUUGCUGGUUAUCUUGGACGUGAUGAUUUAACUGCAAAAGCUCUUCUUGAAGUAGAUGGCAAACUAUUUUAUCGAACAGGUGAUCUUGUUAGAAUAGAUAACAAUAGUCUUCUUCAUUAUCAAGGAAGAAAAGAUCAUCAAAUCAAACUUCAUGGACAACGUAUUGAACUUGGUGAAAUCGAACAGUGCUUACAUCGAACAUCUAUUUCAGCUUGUGUUGUUAUUAAAUGGAAAGAUGAUUAUUUAAUUGCUUACGCUCAAUCUUCUCAUGUGAACGAAGAACAACUACGUCAACAUUGUCAAUCUCAUCUUCCACCACAUAUGAUUCCAUCUUUCUUUAUUAUUCUUGACAAACUACCUUUGAAUCAAAAUGGAAAAAUAGAUCG